GUUGGAAGAGGCCGGCGGCUCGCGGCUCAUGGCUGCGCCGGUGCUGGGCGCCGUGCUGGGGGCGCUGCUGGCGCUGCUGGGCGGCCUCUACCUGGGCAGGUGCCUUCUGUAUAUCCUGAUCACCAACUGGUGCCGCCGGCGGCUCCAGGCAGAAUUGAAGAUCGGCUCCUUUUGGGUUUUUUGGAUCCACAAUCUGAGCUUGAAGUUCCAGGAGGAGCAGCAGACUGUGGAAAUUGACAAGAUCUGGGUCUCCUGUAAGCUGUUGAAACGUGACAUGCCGCGCUACCUGGCACUGUGCUUUGGAGAAGUGUGCAUUCGUAUGGACCUCCAAAAGGCUCCUGGGCUUCAGCCACCAGCCCCUGAAGUACCAGCACAGAAUGAUACUGAGCCAGGCAAGGCGCUAUCCCUUGGGCCCUCUGUGCUGCGGAUGCUUAGCCAGCUCUUCUCAGUUCACGUGGAUUCCAUCAACGUCAUGGUCCUGCACGUGGCGGCAUCCGAGUCUCUGUGGCACGUCCAGAUCACAAAAACCUGCUUCCUCCUGGGCUACGAUGGCCGAUGUGUGGCCUGUGAGGUGACCUUCAGUCAAGUGAACAGCAAGGUGCUCAAGAGCAGCCAGCAGGAUGACGCUUGCCUGGCAGAGCUGUCCCUGGCACUCACCGUCUCCCUGGACGUCUGCAUGAACAAAAGGCAGCUGCAGAGCGUGGCUGUCGAGGUCAGGGGCACACACGCCGAGCUGCACGAGGGGCUGUUCCUCAGUGAGCCUCUGUGGCGAGUAGGAAGCAGCAGCGUCGGAGAAGCCGCAGAUCCCCUGGAAUCUCCUGAGCUGCAACCGUCGCUGACGAGUUUGGCCAGCCUGCAGUAUGUGCCCUGCGGGGUGAGGGUGGAGCUGGAGAACACCAGCGUGGUUCUGUCCAUGAACAGUCAGAAGAGGCACCUCACCUGGACCUUAAAACGGAUGCAGUUUGUGUCUCAGUGUGACAGAGAGCAGAUCCCCCUCCGCAGCUUCACGCCCACCUGUGAUUUGCCCCAGAUGAGCAUCGAGGUGGUGCUCGAAGAUGGGCUGCUCCUCUCUCAAACCCGCCAGCGGAUCGUGUGUCUCAACAUGCUGCAGGCAAGCUUGCAGGUUAUGGCCAUAGAUAUCUCGGUGGCCGUGACGCUCAACACCUGCAUCGUCCACUAUCGCCACCAGGAGUUUUCCCACUGGCUGGCCAUGCUUGCUUUAGCGCAGCAGCAAGCUUGGUUGCCUGCUCCGGCCCGGGGCAGCGGCAUCAGGAGGAUGCCCCAGAUCCUGGCAACCAUCAUCCUCAGUGCCUCAGUCUCCAACGUCAGCCUCUCCGUACAGCUGGGAGACAUGCUUCCCUUUGCCUUGGGCUUCCACUCUGUUUCUGUAGAUUACCAGCACCUGCGCCCACAAAGCGUACACCAGCGAGCCGUACUGGUGGUUGACCACUUCUGCUGGCGCGUGGGGGCUGACUCGCACAUCCAGCGGGCCCCACACCCCCCCAAUAUGCACGUGUGGGGAGAGGCCCUCAUUCUCGACUCCUUCAGUGUGCAAGGAAGCUACAACCAACCCCUGGGCACUUCCAGUGCCCACGCAGACACCCUCUUCUUGGACUGCACCCUUCGUGGCCUGCAGGUGGAAUGUUCAGACACCUGUUCUGAGUGCCUUUCCAGAAUCCUGUCGCUGUUGCAUCCCAGGAAUGUGGUGACCGAGGAUUCCCUGGAGGCCCUGCACCCAUCCCUGUCAGAGGACUUUGGUAUCCUCUGGAAAGUUGAUCUGAAAGUGGAGGACGUUAACUUGUUCACCUUGUCUGCCCUUGCUGGGGCUGCAGAGGUGCGGCUGGAUACCCUGACCGUGCUGGGCAGUGCCGAGAGCUGUACUAUCUGUGUCCAGGGGGUGGCGUUCGCCCUGGUGAAAAGCGUCACAGAAAAGAUGCAACCCUGCUGCAAAGCGCCGGCCAUCCCACACCCCGUGGCUGGCAUCUCUGCGUUAUCCCUCACCUAUCGCAGCAGCAUCUGUUUCCUGGAGGUGCAGUGUGGAGACAGCCUGAGCGUCCUGUGGAGCCCCUCGGACCACAUGUACUUGUUCCAGCACUUCCUAGCUACCCUGCAGUGUUACAGGAUGCUGCAGAGCAUGCUGUCGCCACAGCCCCUGCGUGGCCCAGCCCUCGAGGACAUAAACGGGGCCUCCGUCACAGAGUGCUUUCCCCCGAAGAAGCUCCUCAGCCUCGCGCUGGAGCUGAGCUCCCUCAAGGCGACGGCCUUUGUCUCAGAGACCCACUACCUGAGCCUGGCGGCCGAACGGGUCCAAGUGAACCGGCACGGCGCCUCCCUUCACGCCUACUGCCCUGGACUAGUGGCCGGCUUCGACGGCAACGGCAUCUUUGUCUUCAAGGAGGUAGAAGCGCAGGCCCUGCCCGAACUGGAAGAGAUGAUCCUGCACCGUGGGCCCUUCCCCUCGCUGACCUCCUUGAGGAACAGGGUCUGGGUGCUUUCGUGCGCCAGCAUGGCGGUGGAGUUCCCCUACCAAUAUGACUUCUCCGCCACGCUGGACGAGGCGCUGGGCGUGCAGAAAUGGCUGAAGGGACUCCACUAUGCUGACCGGGACCUCAGCCCCGGACCGGCCCUCCCACCGGACCUCCUCCUCAAGGUCCAGCAGUUCUCCUGGGUCUUCCUCGAUGAUGUCUUUGAAGUGAAGUUGCGGGACAACUACGAGCUGAUGAAGGACGAGAGCAAGGAGAGCGCCAAGCGCUUGGGCUUGCUGGAUGCCAAAGUGGCAGCCCUGCGCAAACAGCACGGUGAAUUGCUGCCGGCCCGCAAGAUCGAGGAACUGUAUGCCUCUCUGGAGAAGAAGAACAUUGAGAUCUAUAUCCAGCGCUCCCAUCGCCUCUACAGCAACACACCCAUGCGCAAGGCCCUGCUCACCUGGACGUUAUCUGACCUAGAGCUGGUGGCCCUGGCCGAUGAGUCCUUCCACGGUGCCGAACGUGUUCUCCAGCAGGUCCGGGAGCUGGACAGCGUCAGCCCCUUCCCGCCUGAAGGCCUGGAGCUUGUUACCCACUGGUGCCGCAUGGUCAAAGGCAGCGUCAAGACCUUCCUUGUGCGUAUACGGGACUACCCCCGGUACUUGUUCGAGAUCCGCGACUGGAGGCUCUCUGGCCGACUGGCUGGAGCCGAGCAACGAGGUCCGCCUUGUUCUCGCCGACGGCAGGUGCUGCAGCUCGGGGCCCCGUGGGGCGACGUGGCAGUGGAGAGGAACUUGCCCCCCUUGAAGUUUUUCCACGACUUCCACUCGGAGGUUUUCCAGUACACCAUUGUAUGGGGGCCCUGCUGGGACCCUGCGUGGACGCUCAUUGGGCAAGCCGUCGACCUGCUGACCAAGCCCUCUGAGGACCCCAGCGCCCCGCUGCCGUGGUGGGACAAGAGCCGCCUGCUUCUCCACGGCAACUGGCACAUGGACAUCGAGCAGGCUAACCUCCACCAGGUGGCCACGGAGGACCCUUACAACACCACGGAGAACAUGCACUGGGAGUGGAGCCACCUGUCCUUCCACUGGCAGCCCGGCCAGUUUGUCUUCAAGGGAGACCUGGACGUCAACGUCCGCACAGCUUCCAAAUACGAUGACUGCUGCUUCCUCCAUCUGCCUCAGCUAUGCAUGACGCUGGAUCUAACGUGGCUGUGCCACGGGAACCCCCAUGACCACCACAGCGUGGUGCUGCGCUCGCCAGAAUUUUUGCCCGAGGUGCCUGUGGGCCAGCAGCACGACUCCUAUCGGGCUUUCCGCUCCGAAAACCUCAACCUCUCCAUCCGCAUGGACCUGACGCGGCACAGCGGGGAGCCUUCCCAGCCCCGCAUCCUGCUUUACAGCAGCACCCUCCGCUGGAUGCAGAACUUCUGGGCUACCUGGACCAGCGUCACCCGGCCCAUCUGCCGCGGAAAGCUCUUUGGCAACAUGAAGCCCAGCAAAAAGAAGCUGGGGCAGCACUACCGGCAGCUCUCCUUCACAGCCCUCUUCCCCAAGCUCCAGGUGCAUUAUUGGGCCUCCUUUGCCCAGCAGCGUGGCAUCCAACUAGAAUGCGCCCAAGGGCAUAUCUUCACUCGUGGCACCCAGCGGCUCAUCCCCCAGGCGGGCACCGUGAUGAGGCGGCUCAUCUCCGAGUGGAGCAUCACCCAGAUGGUGAGCGACUUGAGCCUGGUGACGGUGCAUCUCAUGGCCUCCACCUGUGAUGAGAAUGCCGACCACCGCCUUGACUUGCUGGUCAAGAAGACCCACCUGCUGAGCCUCUCGUCCCUCACAUACCAGCGCCACAGUGUCCGCACUGCUGAGGAGGAGUUGUCCACCCGUGAUGCCGAUGAUACCUUUCACACGCACCAGCUGCAGCUGGUGGAUCUGCGGGCCUCCUGGACCACCACUAACCGAGACAUUGCCUUUGGCCUCUACGACGGGUACAAGAAAGCAGCGGUGCUCAAGCGCAACCUGUCUACUGAGGCAAUGAAGGGCCUCAAGAUCGACACCCAGCUGCCUGCCAAGAAGUUCAAACGGGGGCCACCCCCUAGCCCCCAGCCUCCACUGCGUGCCAACAGCAACCGGACAGAGAGAAGCCCCUCUGGAGGUGCCUACAUGCUGCAGAAGCUCAUUGAAGAGACAGACAAGUUUGUGGUCUUCACGGAGGAUGAGUCAGGGGUGAGCGAGCAGCUCUGUGGGAUCGCGGCCUGCCAGACGAAUGACAUCUUCAACCGCAACUGCCUUAUCGAGCUUGUCAACUGCCAGAUGGUCCUUCGCGGAGCAGAGACAGAAGGCUGCGUGAUCGUCUCCGCUGCCAAGGCCCAGCUCCUCCAGUGCCAGCAUCACCCAGCCUGGUAUGGGGACACGCUCAAGCAGAAGACCUCGUGGACGUGUGGGCUGGAUGGGAUGCAAUACUUUGCCACCACCGAAAGCAGCCCCUCUGAGCACGAGGACGUGCAGCUCUGGCUGGAGGUCAAAAACAUUGAAGAGCACCGGCAGCGAAGCCUGGACUCUGUGCAGGAGCUGAUGGAGAGCGGGCAGGCAGUGGGCGGGAUGGUUAGCACCACCACAGACUGGAACCAGCCACACGAGGUUCAGCCAACGCAGCAGGUCCAGCGGAUCAUCUCGCGAUGCAACUGCCGGAUGUACUACAUCAGCUACAGCCAUGACAUCAACCCCGAGCUGGCCGCCCAAAUCAAGCCCCCUCAGCUUCCUCCCAAUCCGGACAAGGACGACCUGCUCAAGAAGCAGGAGGGGGCUGUGGACACCUUCACUCUCAUCCACCACGACCUGGAGAUCUCCACCAACCCGGCACAGUAUGCCAUGAUACUGGAUAUUGUCAACAACUUGCUGCUGCACGUUGAGCCGAAACGCAAGGAGCACAGUGAGAAGAAGCAGCGCGUCCGCUUCCAACUAGAGAUCUCCAGCAACCCCGAGGAGCAGCGCAGCAGCAUCUUGCACCUCCAGGAAGCCGUCCGCCAGCACGUGGCUCAGAUCCGGCAUCUGGAGAAGCAGAUGUACUCCAACAUGAAGUCCCUGCAGGGUGAUGGCAGGAACGAGGCUCUGCUUGAACUCAAUCAGCAGCUGCAGCAGCAGCUGAGCCGGGAAAAGGCGGAACUGCAGCGUGAGAGCGAGGAGUUGAACAUUCUCAUCAGGUGCUUUAAAGACUUCCAGCUUCAACGAGCUAACAAGAUGGAACUGCGCAAGCAGCCGGAGGAUGUCAGCGUGGCACGCCGCACCGAGUUCUACUUUGCCCAGGCCCGUUGGCGCCUCACGGAAGAGGAUGGGCAGCUGGGCAUUGCAGAGCUGGAACUCCAGCGUUUCCUCUACAGCAAGGUGAACAAAUCGGAUGACACUGCUGAGCACCUCCUGGAACUGGGCUGGUUCACCAUGAACAACCUCCUGCCCAACGCUGUUUACAAGGUGGUGCUGCGGCCUCAGAGCGCAUGCCAGUCUGGCCGUCAGCUGGCUUUGCGCAUCUUCAGCAAAGUCCGGCCCCCGGUGGGCGGCAUUUCCAUCAAAGAGCACUUUGAGGUGAACGUGGUGCCUCUGACCAUUCAGCUGACGCACCAGUUCUUCCAGCGGAUGAUGGGCUUCUUCUUCCCGGGACGCAACGUAGAAGAGGAGGAGGUGGGGGACGAGGAGGACAAGUCUAAGCUCGUGACAACGGGGAUGCCGGUGGUGAAGCCUCGGCAGCUGAUGGUCUCUGAAGACUCACUGGGGGCAGGGAAAGGCAUGGCCCAGGGGCUGAACCGAACGUCAGGGGUUCGGCGCUCAUUCCGCAAAAUGCCCGAGCACCCGGUGGAUGACAUUGACAAGAUGAAGGAGCGAGCUGCCAUGAACAACUCUUUCAUUUACAUCAAGAUCCCACAGGUGCCACUCUGUGUCAGCUAUAAGGGGGAGAAGAACAGUGUGGACUGGGGGGAUCUGAACUUGGUGCUGCCAUUCUUGGAAUAUCACAACAACACGUGGACGUGGCUGGACUUUGCCAUGGCGGUGAAGCGGGACAGUCGCAAGGCCUUGGUAGCGCAGGUCAUCAAAGAGAAGCUGCGUCUCAAGCCAGCCGCUGGCUCAGAGUCUCGGGGGAAGCAGGAAAGCAAGCUGGAGGGACACGUUCAGCAGCAGGAAGAAGACGAGAAGGCCCGGCUGCUGAUCGGAUUGAGUGUCGGCGAAAAGAAUCCUGGCAAGAAGUCCAUUUUCAGCAGGCACAAAUAAGAUUUGCACCCCUCCCCACCCACCCCGGCUGGCCAGGGAAGGAGGGAGAAACGGACGUGCCAGUAACUGACUGUCCCUUCCUGGGGCCAAAUACUCAGCUGCACUCAAAGAAGCUUGGCUCAGCCCAGGCCUGCUCCCAGUCUUCAAGGAAUUGCAGGCCUGGCUGCAGCUGUUGGCCUUGAAGCUGAAGCCACAUGUGCUGGGCAGGCAACCGGCCUGUGGGUGCUGUCAGAGCCCUCUCUUGGCAGGCUGGGCGGGCGGGCAGCUGUAGGCAUUGUCGGUUGGAAAAUGGGGAGCAGAAGAGUUUAAAUAAGAGAGUUUAUUAUUUGGA